GUCAAACUGAAGGGAGGAGGGCAAACUCGGAGAGGCGGGGCUCGGUGCCACGGAGAAGCCGGGACGACCCGCGGCCCCCCACCCCCACCCGGUCCCAGAUCCGGGAUACCAGCGCUAGCCGCGGGGUCCGCGCGCGCUCUCAGCCAGAUGGCGGACCCCUGCCCAGAUCGUGAAUCAGAGCUCGAAUCCGUGUUCCCGCGGGAAGUCGGGCUCUUCGCGGACUCUUACUCGGAGAAGAUACGGUUCUGUUUCUGUGGGCACGUGCUGAGCAUCACACAGAACUUCGGGUCCCGCCUUGGGGUGGCGGCGCGCGUGUGGGACGCGGCUCUGAGCCUGUGCAACUAUUUUGAAAGUCAAAAUGUGGAUUUCCGAGACAAGAAAGUGAUCGAACUAGGCGCAGGGACGGGCAUCGUGGGGAUCUUGGCCGCGCUGCAGGGGGGGGAUGUUACCAUCACUGACCUGCCCCUGGCCCUAGAGCAGAUCCAGGGCAACGUCCAGGCCAAUGUGCCAGCUGGAGGCCAGGCCCAGGUCCGCGCCUUGUCCUGGGGGAUUGACCAGCAUGUCUUCCCUGGAGACUAUGACCUGGUGCUGGGGGCUGAUAUCGUGUACCUGGAGCCCACCUUCCCACUGCUGCUGGGCACUCUCCAACACCUAUGCGGGCCCCAUGGCACCAUCUAUCUGGCCUCCAAGAUGAGAGAGGAGCACGGGACAGAGAGCUUCUUUCAGCACCUCCUGCCCCAGCAUUUCCAACUGGAGCUGGCCCAGCGGGAUGAGGAUGAGAAUGUCAACAUCUAUAGGGCCAGGCACAGGGAACCAAGACCUGCUUGACAUCACCCUUCUGCUCCUCUGAACCCCUUGUCCUAAGAAAGGAACUGCUGUAUCUCCAAAGCCAUAAACAUGGGGAAGAAAAGUCUGGGUUUCCCUUGCCUCUCUCUUUCCUCCUUCCCUCUUUGUUGCCCCAGAUACUCUUAGGCUGAUGCAGGGAGGUGCCUGCUUGCUAGGAAUCUUAGAGCCCUAAAUAGCACUGGGUUAGAGCACAAAGGAAGUUCCCAGUUCCCAUUCUCAGAGGACAAAAUGAGGAAGGUGU